UGCCCUGAACUGUUUUUUUUUCUGUGCUGAGAGGAGUUCUGGGGUGUUCCCAGUGCCUUUCUGAAGGCAGCGAUGUUUUUAAAUGACAGGGAUGUGAGGCUCUAGCACAGGUUGCCCUGUGGCUGCCCCAUCUCUGGCAGGCGCCCGGGGCAGGUGGGACGCGGUCCUGGGCAGCCUGAGCUGGUGGGGGGCAGUGCUGUCCAACAGCCAAUUCCUGCAGCGUCCCAUCGCGGUUCCUUGCCGCAGCCACGACCGCACGGAGCUCCGCACUAAAAGCAUUCAAUGGCAGUCAUUGCACCCUCACCCGCUGGGCGGCGCAGCGCUCAGCACGACGCCCACCUGCCAAGAUGGCGCUUUCUGAUUGGUCGCGCCAAGACGGCUCCUUCCGAUUGGCUGAGCCGUUGCCCGGUGACGGCGGCUGGCGGCUAGCUACGGGCGCCAUGUCGGCGCGAACGCUGCCGCUGCUGUUCCUCAACCUGGGCGGAGAGAUGCUGUAUAUCCUGGACCAGCGGCUGCGCGCCCAGAGCAUCCCAGGCGAGAAGGCCCGAAAAGAUGAAUGGACAGAUGUGGACAGGAAACGAGUUAUGAAUGACAUCAUCACAACCAUGUUCAAUAAAAAAUUUAUGGAAGAGCUGUUUAAACCACAGGAACUCUAUUCCAAGAAAGCUCUGAGAACCGUGUAUGACCGGCUAGCUCAUGCUUCAAUCAUGAGACUGAACCAGGCCAGCAUGGAUAAGCUGUAUGAUCUCAUGACUAUGGCUUUCAAGUACCAAGUCCUGCUGUGUCCCCGGCCCAAAGACAUCCUGCUGGUCACGUUCAAUCACCUGGAUGCCAUCAAAGAUUUCAUCUGUGAUGCCCCUGGCAUUCUGAACCAAGUGGAUGAAACUUUCCGACAGCUGAUUGAGGUGUAUGGCUGUCUCUCUGCUGGUGAAUUUCAGCUCAUCAGGCAAACGCUCCUCAUUUUUUUUCAGGACAUGCACAUAAGGGUCUCUAUCUUUCUGAAGGAUAAAGUGCAGAACUCGAAUGGUCGCUUUGUGCUGCCAAUAUCAGGCCCUGUUCCUUGGGGUACAGAAGUACCAGGAGUCAUCAGGAUGUUUAAUUGCAAUGGAGAUGAAGUUAGAAGAAGCGAGUUCACCACUGGUGGAAAUUAUGUCACUCCACAAAGGGAAGGAUCUUUUGAACUUUAUGGAGACAGAGUCCUCAAACUUGGAACAAACAUGUACAGUGUUAGUCGGCCAGCAGAGACACACACGUCAGGAUCAUCCAAAACCUUGGCUUCCAGUGCAAAGGAGAACGUAGCCCCGAAUCCUCUUGCUAAAGAAGAACUGAACUUCUUAGCCAGGCUGCUGGGAGGCCUGGAGAUCAAGAAACCUGGUGGCAGCGAGACGGGAUUUCGACUGAAUUUAUUCAUGACAGAUGAAGAGGAAGAGCAGGCGGCGCUGACGAGACCUGAGGAGUUAUCCUACAAGGUUGUGAACAUCGAAGCCACCGAGGAGCCGGCGCGGCGAGCGGAGCUGGAGCGAAUCCUGGGAGACCUGGAGGUGGCGGAGCCGUGCGCGGAGAGCUGCGGGAAGGGCGAGGAUCUGCUGGCGCUGAUGGACGGGCUCUGCACUGAAGCACGUGCUGGUGCCCAGUCCUGGAGGUCGAGGUGCUGGUGGGGCACAGCGCAGCAUCUCCCUCCGUUCAUCUGCCACAGCCGCACCAUGGAGGUCAGCCAUUCAGUCAAGGAGCGCACCAUCGCCGAGAACAGCCUGGUCAUCCUGCUGCAGGGCCUGCACGGCCACGUCACCACCGUGGAUCUCCGUGAUGAGAGCACGGCCACGGGACGGGUGGCCAACGUGGACGCCUUCAUGAACAUGCGCCUGGCCCAGGUGACCUUCACAGACAGGCGAGGCGUGGUGUCACAGCUGGACGAGAUCUUCGUGGCCGGCAGGAACGUGCGCUACGUGCACAUCCCCGACCAGGUGGACAUCAGGGCCACCAUCGAGCGGCAGCUGCAGGCCAUCCACCGCGUGCGCUACUUUGGGGGCCGCGACAAGGGCAGGAGGGAGUUCCCUCGUGCCAAGCACAAAUGAGCCCCGCUGCCUCCUUGGUGGGACACCGAGUUUUUCUUUAAUGAACAACCCAAUUUCAAAGGGUCGGUGAUCUUCGGCUCCAUCCCUGUGCAACUGGCAGCUACUCUUCUAUCCCUCUUCUUACGGUUUUUCAGCUUUCAAACAAAGCCCUUUUGGCCACAAUGCCUGGCUCUGCAGUGAUCCUUGGCUGUAGCCUCUUCUGCAGGACUGUGCCCCCUGUCCCUGGGACCCGGCUGCUGCAGGGAGACACGGGCCUGAUCCUGGGGAGGGAGAGGGCAGUGCAGGGGUAAACCUGGGCUGUGGGCAGGCAGUGGGGCCGGGGGAAAAGAGGUGCUUUGCUCAGGGCUGCCACCCAGCCCUGUUCCUAUUCUUCAUCCCCAUUCGCAGGGCUGUUGGCCCUGCAGGCAUCAUGAAGCCGAGCCUCCCGGCUGCCCUGGCACCGGCUCUGGCCAGAGGACCACGAACGGAACGAGGCG